GUUAAAUUCAGUGUUCUUUUGUGAAAAUUAUUGAUUAAGGCCGAUUAAUUAAUUUUAGUGUGGGAAGACUACCAAAAAUUUUCACAUUUUGAGCUGCUGCAUAUUACUUUAAAUCACCAUGUUCGGAGAAUGAGUGAAUGAAAGGAUAUUAGAUGAAAGCAUAGAAAUAAAUCAGCAAAGAAAAAGAUGUUCAAAAAGUUUUGAGCAUCAGUCAAAGGAUUUAUAACCAAACUCUCUACUGAUUUGUUUUUAUGUACCGUUUUGAAUGAACUCCUAACUUUUAAAAGGUGUUACUUUUGAAUUGAUGCAGAUGAAUUAAUAAAUUUUAAUGCAUUGUCUACGAAUAUGGUCAAUAAUCAUACCAAUAGUUAUGAUUGUUGUGAGACACAACACAGGCUUUAGUUCUAGAGAUGUUUUAUUGAAUGGUGGUUACAUUGGCUGUCUGUACCAAGAAGUGUGUCUGACUGGAGAGAUAUGUCACAAUGAUUCUCUCUUCGGAAGGUGUGUUCCUGAUAAUGUUCAGGAUCAUUUAUUUGAUGCUCGCUACUCACAAAUGUACAAACUGAAAUCUCUUCCUUUGUUUAAUAAACCACAAAAAUAUAACUGGGCUGACACAACGCUUCAAUGUUUAUUGAGAGCAAUGAUUCUGGAGUAUGAAUCUCAUUCAAUCUUUGUUGAUCCCAAAUCGUUUUGUUUAUACCAGUAUGAUAUGGAGGAUGGUGAUAAUAUUGAUGGUCAAUUCCAUAGUCAGUAUGUAAAACGUGAUGUAAGGAAAAAUCGUGGAUAUCCAAAUUUUAUGCUUAGCAACCCACUGAAAACUAUAAAACCUUAUUAUUUUCCUGAAAAUUCAUAUGAACAUAUAAAUAAUGACAAUGACUAUAAUCGGUGGACUGAUAAUCCUAUUAAUAAAGGAAUGAAUGCAGAAAUGAAGAACAAUGAAGAAUUAGAUCACUUCAGUAAAAACAUUCAGCAAAUGCUACGUUUAUCUGGGAAUUAUGAAAAUAAUGAGAACAUAGAAUUUAAUGGAGAACAAGAAUUAGCGAAUAGAUUGACGGAUGAUUCAAACAAAGACAACGGUGAUAUGGCUGACAAAUUAAAUCAGGAUUAUCUACUCUCAGGCAAAUAUAUGCAAGAACCAUUACUCGGUGAAACAUUACCUUCUGAAUCGCAGGCACAACAACAAGAAGAAACGAUCAUACCAUCAAAAUCAGUCACUAGAUUACGAGCACAAAAGGUGGGGUCUGGAUCAUAUAAACCAUUGGAACGUAGAUGGAUUUGGGUUAAAUUUUUAAAUGGACCAAUAACCAAUCAAGAAGCACAACUCAUUUUACUUAAAAUAUCACAUGAUUUAAAGCUAACAUCUCCAAUUUCAUUUUUUUUCUUUGAUAAAUCGAGACGUGUAUUAUACUUUCAUGUUCCAUCUAGUGCUGGAGUUUCCGCUGAUACUAUUGUUGAUGCCCUUAAUACAAAGAUGAAUUCAAUAGAUGGUUAUUCAAUUGAAGAUGUUGGGUUUGGCCGUGGAGCUGUGAAUACAGUAAAUACACAUUCCAGUACAAAUGCUCCUACUGAAUCCCCCCAACCGUCGCUUCUGCAUCGUUCUUUAGACGAUGAAAGUUUAAAAAAAACUGGCCAAGUUAAAUGGGAAAAAUAUACAAUGACAAUAGUUCUGUGUUCAACCAUACUUACUGCAGUUGUUUUACUUACAGCAAUUUAUAUAGUUCAAAUCUGUCGAACAAAGCGUAAAUCUAAAAGUGAAUCAAAUGAAAAAUUAUCUUGUCAAUCAGAUGAUUCACCUCAUCUAGAACGUAAAAAGCUUUCACAUAACAAUAACCUGUCUGGAUCUCAACAAAGUAGUGUUUCAUCUUGGUCAAGUGAACCAAUCCCAUGUAGUAUUGAUGUUCCAACUGGACAUAUAAUUUUAUCAUAUAUGGAAAAACAUUUGCAAGAUAGAAAUCAACUCACAGAAGAUUGGAAUUCAAUUGAUAAGUAUGUGUCUGAGGAAAGUAUUUUGUAUGAAGAAGGUAAAAAUCCAAAAAAUCAGUCUAAAAAUCGAGGAUGUGCACCAAUACCAUAUGAACAAUCUCGAGUUAAACUUCGAUCUGGCGAUAACGAUUAUAUUAAUGCAUGUUUACUGGUAAGCAUACAUAUUAUUACUGUAAUUUUCAUACUUUUGAUUAUUCAAAUGACAAUAUUUGAUAAUGAGAUUCACUGGGAACAUAUAAAAUAGACAAUUUUCAGAAGGGUAAUGUAAGCUAGAAAUAGAAGAAAGAACUAAAAAGUGAAUUAUUUUUAUUCUGUAAGUUGUACUAUUAUUUCUUUUUAGAACCAACAUUCAAACUCAUCCAUUAUUUUCACAUACAAUAAAAUCAGUAAAUCAAGUGUACUAACACAUGGGCAUAUUGUUAUAUACAAAGUGUAUUUACUGCAGAAUAUUAUUUUACCAAAAUAAUUAGUUGGGUUAAUUGUCACCGUAAGAUAUGAACUGGAAUUUCAACACCUAGACAGAUAAAUCCUGAUAAGACUGAAAAAGACAUCUAACGGUUUAAAUUCUUAUUUAUAACUAUACCAUGAGUACCUAUUUGAAUAAACGUUACAUGUCAAGAAACGUUACGACUACUGUAAUUCAUUAAUUUGGUAGACAGUUCUCCAUUAGGGCGUUUUUCACAAUCGAAUGUCAAUAUUAUUAAAUAACGAAAUCAUGUCAAUUGUGCAGCAGUGAUCAAUAGUACCAUAAACGUAUUCAUUCAAAUAUACCGUAUUUUGAUUGAGGAAUUUUUUAUUUUAAAGCUGUGCUGAUUGUAGAGAAUAGCGUAAUUUCUUUAAACCACUUUAGAUAUUUAUUCAAUAAAAUGUUUAAGGCGAAACCUAUAUUAGUAAUAAAUUAUCUUCAUCUCAUUAUAAUGACUUAGGGCUUUCGAAGUUUAACAUUAAAAUACUCUAUAGUACCAUUACAAACUUUUAACUGCCAAGUUCUAGAUGAUGUUUCACGUAAACCUCCAUGAGGUUAGUCAUCUAAGAUAUUUAUUAUUUCAUAUAAAUAUAAAUCUAGAAAAAAUUUAAAUGAACCAUACACUAGCAAUUAGUCUGAUGUAUAUUUAAACUCAAGUAAGAUUUAACACAAGGUUCAUUAAAUCUUCCGAACUAACACCGAAGUUAUUAUUAAGUUUACUCAACGAUUCAAACCUAAUGAAUGAACUGUCAAAUCCCGAAAUCGAAACACAACUUGACUACAAUAAGGUCCCGUUAAUAAUAAUGACAUAAAAAAUCUAUUUCAAAAGCCCCAAUUAUUGAGCUAUUUCAGGUUUUUACUGGGUCAACGUUCAAUCAAGGAAGAUGUGAUUCCUUCAAUAGUUAUACGGGAAUCAUUCACAGAAACUACAAUGAUGAAUACCAAUAAUCGAAGCGAGAAAUAAGUACAUAAAAUAUGGGGACUGCUGUGAAUAACUAGGUUUUCAAAGAACAAACAAGAAAUUAAGAAGACGCAUUUCUUAAUUAAUAUUAUGGGUCAGAACUAUUAUUAAUGGUCAGGACUUAAUUCAUCGGAUAUAUGACACUAAUCCAAGAAAUCCUGUUUAUAUCGCUACAAUAACUCCAACAGUCAAAUCAGUUCCAGAUUUUUGGUUAAUGGUUUGGGAACAAGGAUGUGUUGUAAUAGUUUGCUUAGAACGUACUGAUGAAUUAAAAAGAAUGGAUGAAAUUGAUCAGUUUGAAUUGAAUGAUGCUUCAGUGAAAUAUUGGCCUAAUGAAGGUAGUCAAGUUUAUGGUUCUUUUGAAGUACACCUGGUUUCCGAACACAGUUGGAGCGAUAAUUACAUUAUUCGUUCAUUUUAUCUUAAAAGCAUUGUGACAAAUGAAACACGUACCGUUACCCAGUUUCAUUAUCUUACAUGGAAAGAUGAGAAUCUGAUGGAAAAUAGUAAGCCUAUGUUGGAAUUCAGACGGUAAGUUUGAUUGUAUUGAGUGAUAUUAUUUACAUCAAAAAGCGUUUGUAGAGGUAUGAUUGCUUUUCCAUUAGGAAACGAUUAUGUGCAAAACUGUAGCAGGAAUGAAGAUAGAAUACAACUUUUAUCCAAACAUAAAGUACCCAACAAGGGUAGUGAUCAAUGAGGAAGAUAUUCGACAUUUAGUUCUUGUGGGUGUUAGUCAUCGUUAAAUUUAUAUAUAGGUAUCUAAAGAUUUAAGUCAUCAUCAGAAGCCACACAUAGAAGGAUAGAUUUGUUAAAUCUGAGUAGUGUCUAUUAUUACUGUGAUGUAGUUCAAUCGUUCAACGUUAAUGAACCCGCGAAAGAUAUAAAGGUAGUUGGUUCGAAAUCAAUAAGGGAGUAAAUUUUCCUCGGAAAGUACGUUAAGACAAUUUUUAAAAUUUAUGAAAUAACAAGAAACUCUAGAUGAUUUGGGUAAUCUGUGAAUAAAAUAAUUCCAUCAUAUCAGCUCCCAGGUAACAUAAGUAUUGAGUAUGAUACUUUCAAUCAACGCAAUUAUAAGCCACUAGUCCUAUACACUUGUAUAUUUCUAUGGGUAAAACCUUUAUAUUUAAGUGAACAACUUAGAGACUGUUACUUACUGACCUUUAAAAGAAAACCUAAUUGUUCAUCUGUUUCUUUAAAACUCCAGGAAGGUCAAUCGUUCAUUCCGGGGAAUAAUGAGCCCUAUUGUGGUUCACUGCUGGUGAGUAACAAUCUUUCACCAAAUCUUUUUAGUUAUGAAGAAUUCUACUGGCAGUUUCUCUUUACCACAUAAAAAAUAGCAGUGAACAAUAAAAUCUAUGGUAUUACAUGCUAAUGAUCAUAGAUUUUGUUCUGAUGUUUACUGAAAUGUUUAAGAUGAAUUUAUAUUCAUGAGCUGACGUAUUAAUAAACCAAGUAUCGUAGUUAUGUAAGUUGGAAGUCGAAAACCACGUAUACCUGAAGUAACAAACGCGUUUUGUAAUAUCAGUUAUCUGAUACAAUUCUCGUUCAGUUAGUAGACUAAAAAUAUAAUGGUAAAUACUCAGUAAGACGAAAUAUAAUACUGAAAGGGACUAAAAAAAUUAGCUUGAUAGAAUGAAUAAAGAAAAUUCCAUACAGUAAACGUUACAAAUAUGUAAUAAAAUGGGGAAUUAUUGCACUAAAUGAGUGAAUAUCAAAUUUAAAAUCAGGUUAUUUAGAGUAUGAUAUAACAGGUCAAUCAGAAUUAGCCAAAUGAGGUCAUUUGAUGUCGAUUAGAUAUCAUUGAAGAGACAAAUGCAUACCAUUGGCUAAAGAAUACAUUGAUUCUUUAAGGGGGUAGAAAUGUACAUUUAUAUAUAAAUGAGUAUUUAUACAUGUACUCGGUAGCCCAAUAGACUUCCUUUCAAUCUUAUGUUCUAAUUCAGUGGUUGGCUGCGCGUAGCACGGUGUGUAUCAGAUCAGACCUCCGAGACUUUCUUCAUAACAAAGUUAUUACCGUAAUUUAGUUUCAUAUCUUACUAAGAUUAAUUGUGAAUAACUGUUUUCUGAAUUCAGUUACAUGAAGUAAUUUAGUACAUUGACUAAAAGUCUUUUACAACAACAAAAUAAAAGGGAGGUAUAGGAAUAACGAGAAAAUUAACAUAAAUAGAGAAAAGGAAAUAAACAGGUUCGAUAGUCAAAUGUGAAGAAUGAAUAGAUUGACUAUUUGGACUAAUUCCAAUCAAAUAGCAUACAGUUUCUUAUCACUGUGUUGCUUUUUAAGCUUCGAGACUAACAACUGAGAAGUUUCUUUCAUUCAAUCCAACUCGGCUAUCAGGCACAAUUUAGUAUAUUUGGUUUUAAGCCACAAUUCAAGUAUGAGGUGUAGCGAUGCCACCCAAGUGCCUAAACGAAGCGGCAAGGGAUUCGAUCUGGUAAAAUGAUGAAUGAAAGUCGAGCAAAUUGAUUAUUGAGCCACCUCUUUCCAUUUCAGACCUUAUUGUUCAUUAUGGUGAUGAAUGACAAGACGCAGAUUGUUUGUCUAGGAUUCCACUUAUGAGAGUUAAGCUUCAUCCAUGAUUAAAUAAGUUCGUAAGAAAAUAAAUUUACAAUUCCCUACUGGCUCACAGAUGUAAAUUCUAUUAAUUUUAUUCUUAGUGAUGGAUGCGGACGAACAGGUGCCUAUAUUUUGUUGGAUCUGGUCCUAAAUCGUAUCACUAAGGGUGUAAAAGAAAUCGAUAUAGCUGCUUCACUGGAACAUCUAAGAGAUCAAAGGCCAAAUAUGAUUAAAACAUUGGUAGGUCCCCUAUUUUUUGUAAAAGAAAAAAGAGAAGGGAUUAGAUAAUAUCUACAUGAGUUCAUUCCAAUUCUUAGGUUUUAGAUUCUAAGAAUAUGGAAAAAUAAUAUUACCAACUAGGUGAUACAGGUUUAGUUAAAUGGUGUGUGCACGGAUCUGUAGGCUUGAUUUUUAUUGGCUAUUCUGAAUACAAAAAGCUCCUUUCUGUUGAAGAUACAGUUUUGUAUUUUAACAGACGUACACAGUUUAAGGUGAUUAGCUAGUUCUAUCGUCAGUCUACUAGUUAAGAAUCGAACUGCACUCAACCACUUAACAUCAACAGAGUCCAUUCAACAUAGUGAACUUAGGAUACGUGGAAAUAAUGUACAGAAAACUAUAUGACUGUUUCUAUUGUUUUGAAACGAGUAUCUCAGAAGAAACCUACCUGGGACAGUUAAUCAUAUCGAGUUAAUGAGCAAUAUACUUUCUCAGAUCAUGACAAUUCUCUUCAAUGAACUAGCACAACUGUGUGCUUAUCCACUUAAAACCCUUACGAUAUGUUCUGUGAUGUACAACCGAUGUUGAGAAAUAUACUUAUGUGAAGGCGAGAUAACUUGUCCUUACGACAUGGAACAACGAAGACGGAUAACAGUCCAUGAUCUGAUUUUUUUAUCGGGACCUUAGGGCCACUGUGUGUUGCAACCACCUACCUGUACCUUUUAGUCAUGAUUUCCAUGUUAAUGUAGACAUUUCAUUACCUUCUUCAAGUUAUGCACAUUGGAAAUCUUACUUAUAGUUGAUGACAAACCCUAUGAUAGUUUAUAUUUUGAUAUAGGAAUUCUUCAAUUUCCACGACCGAUUUAUAUUACGAAAUUUAACUGCCCGAACAGGUGCCAGAUUCAAUAUACAAGGUGAAAAAAGUUGUUACAGGCAUUCAUAUGACAUGGCAGAUUGGAAAACAUAUCGCAACUUGAUUUAAACUAAAGCGUCUCUAUAUUAUGAAUGAAAUGUUCUAUGAUUUGGUUUGAAUUAUAUCACCUGAAUGUUGUGUGGGACAAGCACAUAACUGUGCUAACUUGCUCGUAUGGAGAACAAUUAUUUUACUAUUUAAGUAUGACUAGGGACUUUUAUUUGAUAGCAAUACUUCGUGGGUUUUUUUAAAUUUAGGAACAGUAUGAGUUUGUUCUCUCAUCAACUGCUGAAGAAGUAGACGCAAUGCUCCAACCAAGUACAUGAAAAAAGACAGAAUAUCUUCAACAAAGUCAAGACAAAAAAUUUACAUUAUCGUUUGAUGUUACAUUCAAAUUCAAUGAGAUACAUGUGAAAUUUGUGAAUAAACUGCAAUGUCGAAUCAUGCACAUU